UACACUUUUUACUGGCCCAUUCCUCCACUUAUCUCAUACACCACCACUUUUACAUACAGUCCCUGUUUCUGCUGCGGGAAUCAAUUUUAGGAAUUCUGUAUAAUGCUUUUCUCUUCCUUCUAGUUUCUCUUAUUGUCAGUUUUCCUGCUGGAAUUUUCACAGGAGAAGAAGUAGAGAUGGAACUGGGCAAUGCUGCGCAGGAACAGUUGCAAAAAGCAGUUUCAUGGGCACCAAUAACGCCCGACAAGUGCGUGUUAGCAACACCAGAAUUUAACUCUAAUAAUGCUGAUUUCAACAAAUUUUCGUCCAUAAGUAGUUCAGAUAACAGCCUAAAAAAGGAUGAGGAGGUUUCUGCUGUGAUUGAAGGGAGGAGCAAAGUCCAAAGUGGAAAACUGGAUUGUGAUUCUAAAUCAGCUUCCAUGUCUCCUUCAACUCCUAUUCAGAAGGGUUAUCCCAGGAAGAAACAGGGUGGUAUCUUUGACCUGAAUGACAGACCAAGGAAGAAACCUAGAUUGAAAAAACACAAACCAAAAAUCUUUGAUGAAAGCAAGCCCAAAAAGACUCCAAAGCCUAAGAUAAAGCCUUCGACUCCAAAACCAGUUAACUUAAAGGCAAGUGCUAGGACAAAGAGUAAACUAAGAAAGGACUGCGACAAAGUCUCAGUUGAUUUAUCAGGAGAUAGUGAUAUGCAAGCACCUAACAGAAAGACUCCAGGAACUAUUCCUGAAUCUCUAGUCCUAAAGGUUUCAACUCCUCAGCCGGAAAUGGAGCACAAUAUUAAUGUAGAUCUUGGGCAUGAUGUGAAGUCAUGCAGACGAGCUCUAGAUUUUAAUUUGGAAAUUGAGAAUGAUGUUAUUUCCGAGAGAGCUGCAGAAGUGAUCAAAGAUCAUGUAACACAUAGUUGCAACAAAUUCUUGACAAAUAGACUGGACGGUGUUAACGAGCAAGCAGUUGAAACUGAUAUCAACUGUGCUGCAAAUGUAGACAAGGAGUCACUGAUUCCGAACUUGAUUGUUCUGGCAAAAGAUGAAAGCAGCCAUGACACACGUGCUAGCCUGUUGAAAGCUAAUUUACAUGACGGUUAUGAUAUUAGCACCACUGGCUUAGAACAUAAUAUAGAGGCAGAGUCAACUUCCCAGCCCAACCGAGAAAAUGAAGCUAGUACCUGCCAAAUUGACCAAAGAGCCUGCCAGCAUCAUAUUCUGAACGUUUAUAAAAGGAGGACCAAAAGUAAAACAGGUAUGAUGUCCUUGCCAGGAAAUGAAGCUGGUAUCUACCAGAAUGACCAUGGAACAACGGACCAAAUUGGUUGUCAGAAUCGUUUUCUGAAAGUUUAUGGAAGGAGGAGAAGAAGAAACAUUGGUACCUUGUCUUUGGCAGGAAAUGAAGCUGAUAUCUACCCGAAUGACCAUGAAGCCCCAGAUCAAAGUGAUUCUCAGCAUCAUUUUCCAAAAGUUUAUAAAAGAAGGACAAGAGGUAACAUUGGUACUAUAUCUUUUAUAGGAGAUGAAGCUGAUCUCUACCAGAAUGACCGAGGAUCUGCGGACCAGACUGGUUGGCAUUUUCCAAUAAUAUGCAAGAAAAGGAGGACUAAAAGGAGAAAAGCACUUGUGUUUUUCAAUUUUUUGAAUGCUCAUCAUGCAGACAAAGGCCAGAAUGCAUUGAAUACUGAUAUGAGAUGCAAAGUGUCUUCCAGUGCAAAGAGGAGGUAUGGAAGAUUUGGUGCAAAGAGAGCUACAAAAAAGCGUUUUAAAAUUGCCAAGAGAGCUAAAAAGAGUUGUUUUAUAAUUGCCAAGAGAGCUACAAGGAGAAGUUCUAAAACUGCCAGUGGUACUAAAAAGAUAUGGUUUUCAACUGUGAACUUGGAGCAGAAUGUAAACUUAAAAUCACAUUUUGUUGGAGAGGUUCUACCUACCGAAUAUCAAAUUAGAGCUGCAAUGGCUGAUCCAGAAUCUUUUGAUUGUGUGCUUGGCUUGUCCCCUAUAGUGAAGUCUCGGAGGAAGAGAUCUAUCCAUCCUAAGAGGACCAAGUCUGCUUACGGGGAAGAAAACACAGAUCUAGAACCUUUAAGUCUUGCCUUAACUUUGCCUCCACUAGUCAUGUCCAAAAGGAAAAGAUCUAAAAAUAGUGAAAGAUCAACUGUUAUUCUAGAUUCCCUCUGCCUUACAUCAGAAAUAAGUGCAAUUAACAGGAUUGAACCUUUUAUAGAUACAUCAGCUUGCCCUGAAAUUCAAGGAUGCCCACAACAUGAAUAUCUGUGGCCUAAAGCAGAUAAAUCAGCUCGCAAUGAAAUUCAGGAAUGCCAACAACAUGAAGAUGUAUGGCCUAGAACAGAUAUAUCAGCUUGCAAUGAAAUCCAAGAAUGGCCACCGCAUGAAGAUCUGUGGCCUAGAACAGAUAAAUCAGCUUGCAAUGAAAUUCGAGAAUACCCACAACAUGAAGAUCUGUGGCGUAGAACAGAUAAAUCAGCUUGCAAUGAAAUUCGAGAAUACCCACAACAUGAAGAUCUGUGGCGUAGAACAGAUAAAUCAGCUUGCAAUGAAAUUCAAGAAUGCCUACGGCAUGAAAAUCUGUGUCCUAGAUCACAGAGUUCAACGGACUUGGAAUCCUUGGUUGCAUCACUUAUUCAGAGGUUAGAGAAUAUAAGAAUCUGCGAUCAGAGAACCUAUAGAAAAAGAAUAGCGAUCAGUAAGAAAAGAACCAGUAAUAAUGCUGGACAGCUUGUCUUGUGGAAUCCUUUUGGUCCAAUAACUGUUCACAAGGGAAAGUAUAAGCCCUUGAGACCAAAACUGCCCAAGGUUGAUAUUGAUACGGAGUCACUGCGAGUGUGGAAACUACUUAUAGAAAAUGAAGGUGAAAUUGAUGAAGACCUGGAUAAAGAGAAGGAGAUAUGGUGGGAGGAGCAAAGAAAAAUAUUUCAAGGAAGGGCGGUGUCAUUUAUUGCCCGCAUGCGUCUUGUCUUAGGUGAUAGGCGCUUUUCCCAAUGGAAAGGGUCCGUGGUAGACUCUGUGGUUGGCGUUUACCUAACACAAAAUGUAUCAGAUAAUCUUUCAAGCAAUGCCUUCAUGCUUCUUGCUUCAGCAUUCCCACCGCAAAAUAAGCAAGAAAUGACUACCCCACAAGGACAAGCUUUUAUGAUAAGAGAGGGAAUGCGAGAUUCAUUUGAAAGAGAAGUCUGUGCCAAUCAGAAUGAUCCUGGGUUUGCUGGUUCUUCUCGAAGUGCAAUGUCCAUAUGUAGGUCAAGCUUAGAUGAAUUAUCUUUUGUAGAUGAUAUACAUACAUCAGAAUAUUUGCCUACAUCUUAUAGACACUUACCUCACGUGGGGGACUGCAUAAAUGAGAGAUUGGAUGGAACUCGAGAGGAAAAAAAUAGACCUGAGGAUACUUGUGGAAGUCAGGUUACAGUCACUUGUUGCAGCUCAGAAGUGAUAAUCUCCACUGAGAGUGGUGACUGCAUAAAUGAGAGAUUGGAUGGAACUCGAGAGGAUACUUGUGGAAGUCAGGUUACAGUCACUUGUUGCAGCUCAGAAGUGAUAAUCUCCACUGAGAGUGGUGACUGCAUAAAUGAGAGAUUGGAUGGAACUCGAGAGGAUACUUGUGGAAGUCAGGUUACAGUCACUUCUUGCAGCUCAGAAGUGAUAAUCUCCACUAAGUGUGGUGACUGUAUAAAUGAGAGAUUGGAUGGAACUCGAGAGGAAAAAAUUAGGGCUGAGGAUACUUGUGGAAGUCAGGUUACAGUCGCUUCAUGCAGCUCAGAAGUGAUAAUCUCCGCUAACAGUGGUGACUGCAUAAAUGAGAGAUUGGAUGGAACUCGAGAGGAAAAUAAUAGAGCUGAGGAUACUUGUGGAAGUCAGGUUACAGCCACUUCUUGCAGUUCAGAAGUGAGAAUCUCUGCUAACAGUGGUGUCUGCAUUAAUGAGAGAUUGGAUGGAACUCGAGAGGAUGCUUGUGGAAGUCAGGUGACAGUCACUUCAUGCAGCUCAGAAGUGAUAAUCUCCGCUAACAGUGGUGACCACAUAAAUGAGAGAUCGGAUGGAACUCGAGAGGAGAAAAAUAUAGCUGAGCAUACUUGUGGAAGUCAGGUUACAGCCACUUCUUGCAGUUCAGAAGUGAUAAUCUCCGCUAAGAGUGGUGAUUUAGGAAAUGAAGCGGUCAAUUUGCCCAAGACAAUAUCGAGAAAGAAAGAUGAAUUCCCAAAAAGAGAAAUUGAUUGGGAUGAAUUGAGGAAAACCUAUUCUACUGGAAGAUCCGGUGUUCUUACCGAAAGAAAUAGGGAUUCUGUCAAUUGGGAAGCCGUUAGACAUGCAGAUGUUGAAAAGAUUUUUGAGCCAAUCAAAGGUCGAGGACAGGGUAAUGUUCUUGCUGCAAAGAUCAAGAAUUUUCUUAAUCGAUUGGUUGAAGAUCAUGGAAGCAUUGACCUUGAGUGGUUAAGAGAUGUCCCACGAGAUAAAGUGAAAGAAUACUUGUUGAGUAUAGAUGGGAUUGGACCGAAGAGUGUGGAUUGUGUUCGACUUUUGACACUUCGGAAUCUUGCUUUUCCUGUUGACAUAAAUGUUGCUCGAAUAGCAGUACGUCUAGGAUGGGUCCCUUUGCAACCACUACCUGAUGGCAUCCAGAUGCAUCUUCUGGAGAGGUACCCCCUGGAGAGUGACAUACAAAAGUACCUUUGGCCACGUCUUUGCAACCUUGAUCUGCUAACACUAUAUGAACUGCAUUAUCAUAUGAUCACAUUUGGAAAGGUUUUCUGUACGAAGAGAAGUCCAAACUGUAAUGCCUGCCCAAUGAGAGCCGACUGCAGACACUUUGCAAGUGCAUUUGCAAGUUCUAGGCUUCGCCUCCCAGGACCACAGCAGAAAGGAGUGGUCACCGUUAAGCAGCCUGUUAGAGUUGAUGAAGUCCCAAACAUGUGUCUGCCAUCACCAACUUUGUCCCUUUCUAGCAGAAGCUUCUUGGAGUCCAGGUUCCAGACUCAAGAUUGUGAGCCUAUCAUAGAAAUGCCAGCAUCUCCUGAGCAAAAACCUCUAGAAUCACUGGAACGAGACAUUGAAGACUUUCCUUAUGAGGUGGAGCAUGAGCAGGAGAUACCUACCAUCCGACUCAACACUGAAGAGUUUCGAGAAAAUGUCUUGAACUUUAUCAACAAGUCCAACACUACAGAGUUUCAAGAAAGUGUGUUGAACAUUGUUGAUGAGAUCAGUACAUUGAAUCGAGAUGAAGAAGUGUCAAAAGCCUUGGUUCUUUUGAAUCCAGUGUCUGCUUCACAUCCUGCUCGUAAACUGAAGUAUGAGAGUCGACUAAGGACUGAGCACUUAGUGUAUGAGCUUCCAGAUUCACAUCCUCUUUUGAGUGGGUUUGAGGAACGGGAGCCUGAUGACCCCUGCCCUUACCUUCUUGCCAUCUGCCGAACAGAGGAACUAGAACGACGUGAUGCAGAGAUAUGCUCAGGCAGUCCAAGUUCCUCCCAAUAUGAUCAGAUAGUUUAUGGAACUAUUUUGAUACCAUGUCGGACGGCGAACAGGGGAAGUUUUCCACUUAAUGGAACGUACUUUCAAGUUAAUGAGGUUUUUGCUGAUCAUGAGUCAAGCAAAAACCCAAUUCCUGUUCCGAGGACAUCAAUAUGGCAUUUGAGACGAAGAACUUUAUUGUGUGGAACUUCAGUUACGACCAUUUUUAAAGGCAUGUCAACAGAGGACAUUCAGUAUUGCUUUUGGAGAGGAUAUAUGACUGUGAGAGGAUAUGACAGAGAGCAGAGGGCACCCAGACCCCUCCAUGAUCGGUUCCAUUCAGGAUCAAAAAGUAAAAGAUAGUGAAUUCUGAUGAUUUGCAUUUAGAGGUGGCAAAAUGAUUUGAUAGGUGAUAAAAGCAUAAACUAUUUUUGAAAACCUGUACCCAUUUAUCAUUCGUUUAACAUAAUUUUCUUGUGAGAAUCAUGAUCGUCCUUUGAUGGAAAAGGUCAUCCUAGUCGCUCAUAUAGUUGCUAGAAUUGUUUCAUUCUUUUGCGAUUUCUAUUACUUGACAGGAUUUUCUUGUUGUAGUUAUUUCAAUCAUUGCUUUGAUCAUUUGGUUAGUCUAUUUUCCUGAUUAAGAGCUAUCCUGCCAAGUUAUAAGGACAUAACUUAUGCUAGAUCCUGGGAGACCUUUAUUCUCUGUGAAACAAAGGAAGAUAUCUAUUCUCAUUUGGGAUGCACUCAAAUCGUAUAUGACUUGAAAAAUAUCAAGGAAAAAGAUGGUGUAUGACUUGAGUGCCUUUAUUUAGGAGGAGUCGAACAUAUGUCAGUCAGCUCAUUGUCAUACAAAAUGUUUGAUGUAUUCUGGACAGUAUAAAGUUAUGGUUGUUUAUUCUU